GUUGGUUAAAUUGCUUCUAGCAACCGUGAAAAAUCUAAUUUUCACCAUAAUUGCUUCCUCCUAAACCGAGAGGCGAGACGGGUAUGAGUACGUACAUUUGAAAUGGGUAAAUAGAUCAGUGCAACAAAGUUUAAAUUUGUUACAUAUUUUGUUCUUAUUUGUAUAGCCUUCUGUUAUAGACUGCAAAUUGUUAUCUAACUUGACUGUGUGUCGACGUCGAUGGAGCACCUUGAGGUGAAGGAGGUCGAUGCCUGGAAUGUGGUGGAUGAUGAGCUGGAUACUGAUAACUUCGAGAAACCUUGGAACGAAAAAUCAACGAAAGGUAAAGUCAUAAAAGUGUUGACAUUGGUACUGAAGAUGCUCAUAGUUCUGGCCAGUCUGUACUUCUUCAUUUGUUCCCUUUCUUUUCUCUCAAGUGCUUUCCAGUUACUCGGAGGAAAAUCCGCCGGAGAGGUAUUUGCAAGGAGUAAGAUCCUGAACAACCCUAUAAUCGGACUGAUGAUAGGUGUUCUAGUGACUGUCCUGGUACAGAGUUCAUCCACCUCAACCAGCAUUGUUGUUGCCAUGGUUUCAGCUGGAAUUGUCCAGCUGAGACCCGCUAUUUCAAUGGUGAUGGGAGCCAACAUUGGAACCACUGUGACCAACACAAUCGUCAGUCUUGGUCAGUCCAUGGAUAGAAAAAUGUUUCGACGAGCAUUUGGUGGAGCCACAGUACACGAUUGCUUUAACUGGCUAUGUGUGUUUAUCUUCCUGCCUCUAGAGGCUGUCCUCCAUCCUUUGGAAAAGAUCAGCUCAGCCCUGACUCAAGGUAUCAGCGAUGAUGACAAAGUCUCUAAACUUGAUUUCCUUAAAGUCAUAACUAAACCAUUAACGAAGACCAUAAUCGGCAUUGAAAAAUCCACAAUCAAGAACAUAGCCAAGUACUGCACACAGACAGGCGAUCACUACAAUAUAUCUAAAUGCGGCGGUGCUAGAAAUGCUAGCAUGAUGAAGGCUUGUGAUGACAAGUGUGGAUACCUUUUUGCUCAAGCAGGUCUUGGUGAUACGACGACUGGUGUAAUCUUACUUAUUGCCAGUCUCAUUCUACUGUGUGUGUGCCUAACUACCCUGGUAAAAACUCUCCAGUCUCUAUUGCUGGGCAGAAUGGCUCAGACCCUCAAGAAGCACAUCAACUCCGACCUUCCUUCCCCCUUCGGCUGGCUUACCGGGUAUCUGUUUAUCUUGGUGGGAACUGGUAUGACCAUUCUAGUACAGAGCAGCAGUGUAUUUACGUCAGCACUAACACCUCUAGUUGGACUGGGUGUUAUUAGUCUCGACAGGAUGUACCCCCUCACUCUUGGAAGCAACAUAGGUACCACGUGCACUGCAGUUCUGGCAGCUUUGGCAGCGACUGGAGACAAACGAUCUGUCACUAUACAAGUUGCUAUCUCACAUCUGCUGUUCAACAUCUUUGGUAUCCUCGUUUUCUACCCUGUUCCUUUCAUGAGGACCAUUCCGAUUAAUUUUGCCAAGAUGCUGGGAAACACCACUGCUGACUACAGAUGGUUUGCCAUACUCUACCUAAUAGUAGUAUUCUUGUUGAUGCCAAUGCUCUUCAUUGCCCUGUCCUUCAGUCUGCCUCUCCUCUACGUGGUUAUCACACUUAUUAUUGCUGCUAUCCUCUUCAUUACUAUUCUCAACAUUCUCCAGGAUAAAAUUCCCGAAAAGCUGCCAGAAUUUCUCCGAACCUGGGACUUCCUUCCCAAGCCAAUGCGCUCUCUGGAACCCUACGAUUCGGUUCUCUCAAAACUUAUCUGCUGCCGGAAAUCUGUCGACGAUGCUGAUGUGAUUCCGUUAUCAGUGGUAGCUAAAACUAAUCCAGUGUGAUGUAGAUAAAGUUCAUAGUUGCGCCAUGAAGUUGGGCCAUUGAGUCUUUAGGUGAGAGUAGUGUUAAACUUUGUGCAUUUUGUAUUUCUGCUUUUAUAUUUAAUGAUGAAUUCAUUAUUGAGUAUCGGUUCUGAUGGGAGAUAUUUUAUAAGUUUGUAUGAUACUUUGAUAAUUUUAGUCUUCUUUGAGCUUCUAUCACUGAUCAUCGCAAAAUUGGCAGGGUUUAACUUAAUUUUAAGAUUUAUUUAAUAUGUUUAUAUUUCGAUCUUUUUACCAUCUUUUCCUGUUUUAUUCUCUAACAGAAACAUCUUCUAUUCAAGAUAUAUUUCUUAUAGUUUUUGCUUGUCCAAAUUUAAUUUCAUAAACCUUUUAUAAAA